AGCGAGUGAACAACAUUGGCACCGGUGGGAGGAGAUCGGCAUGCGCAUUGAGCAAGAGGCGAUGGCGGCUAUGACCUUCGAUCAUGAGCCACCGGCGGCAGACCAGUGAGUACCUCUUCUUGUCAGCGGAGCUCAGCAAUUGGAAAAUGACAGACAAGCACUCAUCUGGCAGAUACGAGAUGCAAUCAGGCGCUUCGACGACCAUGAAAUCUUCAACUUUUUUAGUGUUCAAGACCCUGCCAAGAGCAAGAAUGACCAUGAAGAAGAAAGAUCCAGAUCUAUCGAUGUGAAAUGGAAAAGAGGAGAGCGCGAACCACCAACAUCAAUAGUUC